AUGGAAGGCGUAUAUUUCAAUAUUGAUAAUGGGUUUAUUGAAGCUGUAGUGAGAGGCUACAGAAAUGGGUUGUUAUCUAAUAAUCAAUACAUUAACUUAACACAAUGUGACACGUUGGAAGAUCUAAAAUUACAAUUAUCGUCGACUGAUUAUGGUAAUUUUCUUUCCUCCGUCUCUUCAGAGUCUUUGACUACGACGUUAAUUCAAGAAUACGCAUCCAGCAAGUUGUACCAGGAAUUCAACUACAUAAGAGACCAAUCUAGUGGGCCCACGAAGAAGUUCAUGGACUACAUCACUUACGGUUACAUGAUCGACAACGUGGCUUUAAUGAUCACCGGUACUAUUCACGACCGUGAUAAGGGUGAGAUUUUACAACGUUGUCAUCCAUUAGGGUGGUUUGAUACUUUGCCCACUUUGAGUGUUGCAACCGAUCUUGAAUCCCUAUAUGAAACCGUGUUGGUGGAUACUCCAUUAGCUCCUUAUUUCAAAAACUGUUUUGAUACUGCUGAGGAAUUAGAUGACAUGAACAUUGAAGUUAUCAGAAAUAAACUGUACAAGGCAUAUUUGGAAGAUUUCUACAAUUUUGUCACUGAAAAGAUCCCAGAGCCUGCUAAAGAAUCUAUGCAAGUCCUACUAGGUUUCGAAGCCGAUAGAAGAAGUAUCAAUAUUGCUCUUAACUCUUUGCAAAGUUCAGAUAUUGAUCCUGAUUUGAAGCGUGACUUAUUGCCUAACAUUGGUAAACUAUACCCUCUUGCUACAUUCCAUUUGGCACAAGCUCAAGAUUUUGAAGGGGUUAGAGCUGCUUUGGGUAACGUUUACGAGUAUAGGGGGUUUUUGGAAGCCGGUAACUUGGAAGAUCAUUUCUACCAAUUAGAAAUGGAAUUAUGUAGAGACGCAUUCACUCAACAGUUUGCCAUCAGUACCGUUUGGGCCUGGAUGAAAUCCAAAGAACAAGAAGUUAGAAACAUCACUUGGAUCGCGGAAUGUAUUGCUCAAAACCAAAGAGAAAGAAUUAACAAUUAUAUUUCAGUCUAUUAA